AUGCCUCGUCUCAGCAGUCUCGUUCUGAGCUCCCUGAUAGCCUCGGUCAGUGCCGUGCUUCCCACUGUCCAGGUCGGUUGCAAUCAGUACGCUGGAUAUUCCAUCUCGUCCGGCAUCACCAAAUGGCUCGGUCUUCGAUAUGCUGCUCCUCCGGUUGGCAAUUUAAGGUUCAGCCCUCCGGAAGACCCGGUCUGCAACAGCGGUACACAGACGGCCACCGCGCAUGGUCCAGUCUGCAUUGGAACAGGCGGUAGCGCCAACAACACUAAGCUGUCAGAGGACUGCCUGUUCCUGGAUGUGUACGCACCCACCAAUGCGACCACCAAGUCAAAGCUGCCCGUCUUCUUCCAUAUCCAAGGUGGAGGCUUCAACCAGAACUCCAACCCCAAUGUGGACGGCACGGGCCUCAUCACUGCCAGUGACAACUCCAUAGUGGUUGUCAGCAUCAACUACCGUGUUGGCGCCUACGGAUUCCUCACCGAUGGCGGCACAGCACUCAAGGCUAACAACGGAUUGCGUGAUCAACGAAAGGCCUUGGAAUGGGUCCAGAGAUAUAUCACGCAAUUCGGCGGUGAUCCGGAUCACGUCGUACUGGGCGGUGAAUCAGCCGGAGCGGCAAGCAUUAGCCUUCAAAUGACGGCAUAUGGAGGUCGGGACUUUGGUCUUUUUCAUGCCGCGGCUGCUGAAUCCAUAUCGUUUGCUACAGUCCUCACCGCCAGUGAGGCAUCGUAUCAAUAUGAUAUUCUGGCGAUACGCCUGGGAUGUGUUGGAUCCGACACACUGGCUUGUCUACAAUCCAAGACCACGGCAGAGAUACAAGCCGUGAACACCAACUCUCCGUAUCCGGGGAAUUCGGCGGCUCCGCUGUACAUGUACAAUCCAGUGAUUGACAAGGACGUCCUCACUGACUACACCUACAAUGCCUUCAAGACGGGACAUUUUAUCAAGAUUCCCCUCAUUGCCGGCGACGAUACCAACGGAGGUACAGUCUUUGCGCCGUCGACCACCUCGACGCUGGCAGAGAGCAACAUGUGGCUGCGCACCCAGUUCCCACGGCUCACCCUGGAACAGCUCGGCAAGAUUGACGAGCUCUACCCCAACCCAAACGCGACGGCCUGCCCAAGCAGCGGCUGCUACUGGCGCCAGCUUGCCAACGCCUACGGAGAGAUGCGCUACAUGUGCCCGGGUCUGUUCAUCUCGACCGCGCUCACCAAGUACGGCGUCUCCAACUCUUGGGCCUACCGGUACAAUGUCGAGGACCCCAAGCAGGUGGCCCAGGGCCUGGGCGUGCCGCACACGGUCGAGGCCGACGCCAUCUGGGGGCCCGACUACGUCGACUCGAGCAUCAGCGUGCCCUCGAGCUACCUCGCCAACGGCACCAAUGCCGCCGUGAUCCCUGUCAUCCAGGGCUACUGGACAAGUUUCAUCAGGAGCUACGAUCCAAACACCUAUCGCUACCCCGACACGGCAGAAUGGGAGGAGUGGACGGGCGGCGAUCAGCAGCGCAUGUUAUUCGAGACUGGAGGUAACACAACAAUGGAGACGGUCGACCCAGGUUUAUGGGCAAGAUGCAAUUUCUGGUCAAGUAUUGGCGUGGAAAUUUUGCAAUAA